AUGGCCGAUAAUGGAUCUCACCGCAUAGCCCAAAUCAUCCGCCUGAAACGCUCCUCACUCCAACAAUACAAAGACAUCCACGCUUCCGCCUGGCCAGCAGUGCUCAAGCAGAUCAAAGACUGCAACAUCAGCGACUACUCCAUCUACCUGGACAAGACAUCAAUGACGCUCUUCGCUACGAUGAAGUACACUGGAUCCGACUUCGAGGGCGACAUGGAGAAGAUGAAAGCCAACCCCGAGGUGAGGCGGUGGUGGGAGAUGACGGAUGCGAUGCAGGAGACGUUGGUGGAGGGAAGUACGGGGAGUAUGGAUCCGAAAGGAUGGUGGAGGGGGCUGGAGGAGGGACUGAACGACCAAGUCAUCCUUGACUCCGGCAUAACCUGCUCAGGGCGGGUAAGCAGGAUGACAGCUCGACACGGGGAACGAGAAGAACUCCAGACGCUCGAUUUGUGGACAUGGUCCGAUCAGUUUUGA